AUGAAUGUUUCUAUAGCCAACGCUAUUGUGUUACUCACAUGUGUUGUGGCCACCAUUGGAUGGCUACUUUCAUUUGCCGGUUUAUGCGCGUCCAGUGCGUGGGUAAAUCCGGCAUCCUGGUGGAUCAUCAUUUACCAGUUAGCUAUCCUAUUGCUCGUGUGCUGCGUAUUAUGGAUCAAUUCCGUCGAAUCAUACCAUGGCCUGAUUUUGGCCCUUAUUGCUAUUAAUGUCCCGUAUGCGACUGGUGAAGUGACCUCGUACCUGUAUUUUGGCCGAACUUCCUUGACAAUCACCGCCGUCGGUCAGAUCAUGACAAUUAUUGCUCAGUUCUUUUGGCUCUUCUUUUUUGGGGUCACUUACGAUGCGGCUUUCUUUCCCUCGAUGAAAGAUCUGUACCGGCAUUACAACAGCACUUACCCACAGACGACGACCCAUCCUCCUCUUGGAAAUCACACGGGUACCGGCAACAAUGCCUUGAAUCUUUACAAAGAAUACGACUACGGAUCCUCUAUCAGACCCGUUUCGCCUCGUCAGGAACACAAUAGUCCUCCUAUGUUUGUUUCCAACCCUCCGGUUUUCAACCUUCACGACAGCCCGAUGGAAAGAAUAGCAAGCAACAAUAACAAUAUUACCAACACAGUGAUUGUUUCGCCGCAUGCAGAAUAUAAUAUUCCAGUGGUGGCAAUACAUCCAUAUGAAGCGAACCCGGAAGAUCCGAACGAAUUAUCAUUUAGCCGAGGCGAGACGCUGCACGUUCACAAAAAAGAAGGAAGCUGGUGGCAAGCACGAAAAGCCGACGGCACCGUCGGCAUGAUUCCAAGCAAUUAUGUGAGCUGA